AGAGCUGGAAAGGUAAAGCUGGACAUGUGCUAGUUAAAUAGUAAUGUGAAUUCACUCUGUCUGCGAACUGAGCACGAGGACGACAGCUCAAAAUGUCUGGGGAAGACUUUGAAUCGCUAGAGAAGGUUCUGGAGACAUGCGUACCUGAGGCUGAACUCAGAGAAGUCAGAAGACUGCUGUUCGGAAAACAACUGAAGAAGCUGAACCUUCCCCAGAGUGCAUUAGAUGCAGCAGAGGAGCAAGAUUUUGAUCUGAAGGGUUAUGUGUUUGAGGCUUCUCCAGAGCAGCUCAGACCACCCAGAACUGUCCGCGUGGGACUCAUUCAGAACAAGAUAGUCCUACCCACUGAUGCUCCUGUACUUGAACAGAUCACAGCUCUGCACAAGCGCGUGGGGGAGAUGGUGGAGGUGGCGGCCAUAUGUGGGGUCAAUAUCGUGUGCUUCCAGGAAGCCUGGACAAUGCCUUUUGCAUUUUGCACACGAGAGAGGGAGCCCUGGACAGAGUUUGCCGAAUCGGCCGAGGAUGGGCUCACCACACGCUUUUGUAUUCAGCUGGCCAAAAAAUACAACAUGGUAGUGGUGUCUCCCAUUUUGGAGAGAGAUGAGAUCCACGGUGGAACAUUGUGGAACACUGCAGUGGUGGUGUCCAAUAAUGGCAAUGUUCUAGGCAAAUCACGGAAGAAUCACAUUCCCCGUGUGGGAGACUUCAACGAGUCAACAUAUUACAUGGAAGGGAACACCAGCCACCCUGUAUUCCAGACACAGUUUGGAAAGAUUGCUGUUAACAUCUGCUAUGGCCGACACCAUCCUCUCAACUGGUUAAUGUACAGCAUACAUGGGGCUGAGAUCAUCUUUAACCCUUCGGCCACAGUUGGAUUGCUCAGUGAACCAAUAUGGCCGAUUGAGGCCAGAAAUGCUGCCAUCGCAAACCACUGCUUCACCUGUGCCAUCAACCGUGUGGGAACAGAGUAUUUCAAGAAUGAGUUCACAUCUGGAGAUGGAAAGAAAGCGCACCAUGACUUUGGCCAUUUUUAUGGCUCCAGCUAUGUAGCUGCACCUGACGGCAGCAGAUCCCCAGGAUUAUCCAGAACCCGUGAUGGCCUGCUGGUGACAGAGAUGGACUUGAACCUAAAUCGCCAAGUUGCAGACAAAUGGAAUUUCAAGAUGACUGGGAGGUAUGAAAUGUAUGCAGAGGAGCUCAAAAAAGCCAUCCAGCAUGACUUCAAACCCAACAUUGUUAAGGAGUGAGUUUAUCUGGAAAACAUGAGUGCCAAAAGCCCUUGAGAGGAACCGCACUUUCAGCUGAAAGCCAUGCUUGGCACAUGGAGAACCACAUUAUGUAUUAGCGAUAAGUCCUUGUACCUCUACUUGAAUUUCACAAAAUAACUUAUAUAAUUUAUCAGUUCAUUUUUAAGGUCAAUAAUGGAAGGAUGCAUUUGAAUAAAAUACAAAUCCAACUUUUAUUAAUUUCUGAAAUGCAACUAUAUAUUUCAUAAAAAUAAAGUUUGCCAUAUCAAUAUUCCUUAUGUUCUUUAAAAAAAAAAGCACAAGCUGAUGUAAUUGGACACCUGAUGUCUUAAAAAUCAAAGAAAAAACAACAUUUAACCUGAAUGAUCAAAGAUUAAAUAACAUAAUUAUGGCUGGUGGAA